AUGCUCCCCGUGGCUCCUUACCGGGUGCCCCUCGCCCCCUCCCCCACCAUUGGCCCCUCGCACUUCCAAUCUCUGACUUCUCCAACCUUCUUUUCAAAAGCACAACUUCUUUUCAAAAGUCAGCAACUAGCAGGUGAUACUGUGACCGAGAACUUUAUCUGCGAGAAGGCAAGGAAGGCCUUGUACACCGACCUCGUAAGUAAACUGCCAGGGACAUCAACAGAAAACAAAGAAGUCUUCAAGGCAAGUAGGGGAUGGUUUGAUAACUUUAAGAGGAGAAGUGGCAUCCAUAGUGUUGUGAGGCAUGGAGAGGCUGCGAGUUCGGAUGCUAAAGCAGCUGAGGCGUUCACUACCGAGUUCCAGAAGCUCAUAGUUUCUGAGUGUUACCUGCCAGAGCAAGCUUUUAACUGUGAUGAGACAGGGCUUUUUUGGGUAAAGAUGACAAAAAGCAUCUACAUUACAGAUGAAGAGGAUGCAAUGCCUGGUCACAAGCCCAUGAAAGAUUAUCUCACCCUCUUGUUUUGUGCUAAUGCAAGCGGGGAUUUCAAAGUCAAGCUCCUGCUUGUGUAUCAUUCCGAGAAACCACGAGCCUUCAAGAAAUGCAAGGUGCAGAAGAGCCAGUUGAACGUUAUGUGGAGGUUCAACAGCAAGGCUUGGGUCACUCGUAUUUUGUUUGUUGAGUGGAUCAAUGAGGUCUUCGGUCCUGCAGUGAAGAAACACCUUUUAGAAAAGAAUCUGCCACUCAGAGACUUGCUGGUUAUGGAUAAUGCUCCUGCUCAUCCUCUAGGCUUUGAGGACGACAUACUGGAGGCAUUUGUGCUCAUUAAGGUCAAGUUCCUUCCUCCCAACACCACUCCAAUCCUCCAGCCCAUGGACCAGCAGAUCAUUGAUAAAGCCUGGGAUAGGGUCACUAAGAGAACCCUCAAUUCUGCUUGGAGAAAACUGUGGCCUGAUUGCAUUCUUGGACUUGACUUAGAGGGGCUUGCUCAGGAACAGGAGACGCCAGUUGUCGAUGAAAUUGAGUCCUUGGGGAAGACCAUGGGACUGCAGGUGAAUGAGGAAGACAUUCAAGAGCUGGUGGAGAAACAUGACCAGGAGCUGACCACUGACGGACUGAUGGAUUUGCAUCAUGAGCAACAGCAAGAGCUUGUGUCAAAAAUUGAUUCUGAUUCCAAACAGAUGGAAUUUUCUCCUUUAUCCAGUGUCCUUAACUACCUGAAGACCUACACUAGACAAGAUGCAGCUCACUCUCCCUUCUGA